UAGCGCUCUUUUCUGCUGAAUGCGCCCACUGACAUUACAUAAUUCGAUACUCAUUAGUAUUGUCCAUGGAAUGAGAUUUGAUUUAUAAUGAGAAACUUAAUUUUCGAAAAGGACAUAUGCGAGAAGAAUGACGCUGAUGGAAACAACAAUCCUUCCACAUCAUAUUUUUAUACUGAGAAUUCUCACAAGACGGUCGUGGAUCUGCGGCAAUUGUUAAAAGAUAAAAUUAACAAAAACGAGAUAUUUUGUAGCUUCGAAAUUGUUUCUACGAAGAAACCCAGUACGUUUUAUCGAAGGCUUCUCUUAGAUAUGGAAGAGUAUUCGCCUCUCUUUUACGCAUUAACGUGGCAUAACGAAGCAGCUUCCGAUAAUGAUAGUUAUCUGCCAUUGGAUCUGGUGGAGAAUUUUCCACUCAAUACUCUUUUACAUCUAGCAGCUAAGGGUUUAAAACGAGACGAAGUCGUUUAUAUCUUAAAAAAAGCUCUUACUUUUGGAAUAAUUAAUAUAUUUGCAUUACGAGGAGAUUCAUUAUCUGAGAAUGGUGACUUCGAACAUGCAGCGGAUCUGGUAGCUUUUAUCAGACAGCGGUUUGGCGAUACGUUCUGUGUGUGCGUUGCGGGUUAUCCGCAAAUGCAUCCCGAAUCUGCCUCCAAGGAAUUCGACUUGCAUUACCUGAAAGCGAAAGUGGAGGCAGGUGCGGAUUUUAUCAUAACUCAAAUAUGUUUCGAAUCUCGAGUCCUAAUAGACUUCGUGAAGGAUUGUCGAGAGAUCGGGAUCCAAAUCCCGAUUCUACCCGGCAUUCUCGCGCCGACAAAUCACGGGUGUCUAGAAAAAAUGAUAGAUAUAUGCAGGCUCGACGUGCCGAUCGACAUUAAAGACGAUUUGGCACGAAUGAAGGACGACGAUCAAGCGGCAAGGAAAUAUUCAGUCGAUCUGAUAACGCGGAUAAUUACGGACGUAAUCAGAAGUGGAGCCACGUGUGGUUUUCAUCUAUUCACACUAAAUAGAUUAUCGCUGAUAGCGGAAAUAUGUAAACACAUAGAAUCCGUCAAAGCUGAAAACCUAGCAGAAAAAAUAUUUUGAAUUCUAGGAUCGA